AUGCGCUUGUCAACAAAGGGCUGCGUGCCAUUCUUGUCGCCGGUGACGAAUCGUGGUUGGUCGCGUGGGGUACGGACAUGUUCGUCUGGGCGUUGGACGUCAACUGCUGCUCGCACAGUGAAGCCAAGUACGCUUCUAGGGGCUACUUGGGUCCGGAGGGUAGGAAUUACCGAUUCCAAUUCCCGUGAAAUCCUAUAUGGAGUGACCCAGAGUCGGUCAUUGAGAAAAGCCAACUAUGUCGAGAAGAUUGGUGACAAUGAGAGGACUGAGGAGUUACUGGAGUCAUUGGAGGUCAGACACGACGAGGAAGACACCCGUCCUCAGGUAGGCGUGAACGAAAAAAAUGCCAAAUGGGCCGAGGACAUGUCAAAGGGCAAAAUGUUGACAACUCCAUCACGACUGUUCAAACUUAUCAUCCCUCUAACUACCCUCGAUCCAAAAGGCACCAAUAAUAAGGGUAAAAACAUUUCAAUCCACACCCCAUCCCGAAUCACAGCUAAAAAAAAAAUAGGAAUCGAGCCGAUCGCAAUCUUAGUCCACCCCCAACAACCCCUCUCCUACCUAGAGCAACUCAUCCAAUCCGAAAUCCCUCCAAUAAAAGGCGAAAAAGAAAAACUCCGUCCACCCGCCAUUUCAUUCAUAGCCCUCCAACACGAAGACAACGCCAUAAGGCCCAAAAAGCGCGUCAACGACCUUGAUCCCGACUCCAUUCGUCAAAACGCCAUCGAAAAAGAGAACCAAGCCGGAAGCCCGCCAACACGCCGCCGCCGCUCCCGCGAAGAAGACGCCGAAAUCUACAGCUAUCCACGGAAAACAGACUGUAGCCUGGAUCCGCUGAAUGGGAAACCGGAGCGUUUCGUAAGAUGGUCCCAAGCCACCGAAGUGGGCGACUUUAUCCGUGAUGCAGCGCGCACGCGCGAAUUCAUUGUGUCGAUUGAGGGUGCACCGAGUGGAUUGGGACAGAUCCGGGUGACGGUGCCGUCAUUCAACGAGCGGACUUAUUUUCUGCGUAUGCGGUUGCGGAAACUGUCGCGGCGGAUUCAAGGGAUUGCGGAGAUUAAGCAUAAAUGUGAUGAGUUGGCUCAGCGGGGUGCGCAGCGAGUUGCCAUUGGAGGAUUUGGAAUCCUUUCGGUGUGGUGGUGUAUGGUUUAUAAGUUGACGUUUGAGACGGACUUGGGGUGGGAUACUAUGGAGCCCGUGACCUAUCUGGUCAGUUUGUCUACGUUGAUGGGUGGUUACUUGUGGUUCCUUUAUCACAAUCGGGAGAUAUCUUAUAAGUCUGCUUUGGACUUCACUGUCAGUACGAGACAGAAGAAGUUGUACCAGUUGCAUAAUGUUGAUUUGCAGCUUUGGGAGACCCUCAUUGAUGAGGGGAAGGCGUUGAGGAGGGAAAUCAAGGGGAUUGCGGCGGAGUAUGAUGCGGAGUGGAAUGAGCGGGUUGAUGAGCAGGAUGAAAGGGUUACUGAGGCUUUGAGAUCUAAUCGGGGAGAGGAGGAAAAGAAGGAAAGUAAAGAGAAAGAUAGCGAUGAUUGA